AUGCUUGCCAGUUCUCCUGCAUGUGCGUUUGUGGUCCGAAGCUCUAAAGAGCAAUGCUGCGGGUCCAGCGCUGGGCCCGUGAAUGUGCAGCAUAUCGGUGGCAGCUGGACAAUGGCGGCAUCCGAGGAAGAAGCUGGAACUGCCUCCUCAGAACUACUGGCAUGGAAGGAGCUUUGUCAAGCCGGUAGAGAAAGACAGUCACAGUCCCGCGGGAAUUCCGACGAUGAAGAAACACAGGAGCAGAGCGUGACAAAAGCUCGAGGUGCAAGCAAGACGUUGCUCCGCUUACAAACGGCCUCGACCAUGAUUAACCCGACUGACGGGAGCUCUGCGUCUUCCAGCUCUCGAUCCAGGUCAGUAUCAGCGGCAAUCUCAGAGGACAGAGAAUCAUCCUCCAGCUGGUUCUCUAGAGGAUGCACUCCCAGCAUCUGCAACUCGGAUGACGGACGUUUCGCCCAUCAUGUGGUCUUCAGACGUGCGCAAACAACAAGUUGCGAAGAAGCACUGCGAGCGGCAAGAGCCACGGAAGCCGUACGGCUGGACGAUACCAGCAAGCUUUCGACCGGAAAAUUCGAGCGUAAGGCAGGAUGCAGUGCUCCGCGUGCUCCACAGCCCGGCGCAGCCCAAGUCCCCAAUUGA